CCCCCUCCCCGCCUUUGCAGCUGCCAAAAUGUUACUGCCAGUCGCCCGUUCCUUGCUCGUCUCCACCUCAUCAUCCUCCUCUUUCCAGGAUCCACUCGUCUGCCAAUUCACAUCCGCUUCACAGCUUUGUGCCGAGAGGAAAAUAUGCCUGAUUCUCGGAUUUCCGACGUAUGAGGGUUCAAUACUGGAGUGGAAAUAGUGUGCCGUAUGUUUUGCACCCUGCGGCCAAAGCUUCAAACUACAAGUCUGGGAGCAAGAUUGCCACCGAGUGGUUAAUCAGAUCCUCCUCCCCCAUCUCUUGGGUUCCCCGAGGACAGCCUCACUCCUCCUGCAGGGAUGGUCGUGUCUCUUGAUUGUCUUCCGGAGGAGAUUCUUCAUUCCAUUCUGUACUAUUUACAUCCUUGCUCUGCCGCUGCACUCGGGCAAACCAGCUAUCGAUUCAAGGAUGUGACCAGCGGACCACUACUGUGGCGUCAUUACUGUGCAGUGUACUUCAAGUCAUGGGACAAGAAACACAAAAUUCUACACAAACUCACGAUCCCGGUGUCGUCUGUCGAUUGGAAGGCACUCUUCGUGUUGAGAUACCAAAUUGACUGCGCAGUCACUCGGCUUUUGGACAGCAUUCUUGCCAGUCAAACGGGACGCAUUGAGAAGUUUCGCGCCGUUAUUGACUAUGGAUACGACGCCAAAGAUACCCUUCUGCGACACAGCGAAGUUGAAUCUGGCGAGGAUCAUCUUGCAAGAAGGUACUAUGCGCGAGCACUCUUGACUUGUCUUCAUCGGAGCAUUGCGGUUCCUGAGUGGGCCAGGCUCCGACAGGGCAAACCUGUGUCGCUUGAGCGCGCCCUGGGGGCCUUCGACCUCUUUGUCCCCGAGAGCGGAUACGGUGAUCUAGACGAGGUCACAGAAAUGUUAGAUGACCUCGUUGCCCAAUUUGUUACUUCUCUCUCUGAAUUGAAUGAUCUCAGCCCUCGCGACAAGGCUCUGUUGCUCGCGUCUUGGCUACACGAUCAUGAUCUCACGGGAAUCGAACGGGGUCGGGAAUACCAUGCCGUAGAACACAACUUCCUGGGCCUGGCUUUAAACAGUCCAGGACAUAAUUCCCUUCCCCUGAUCUCUGCCGCCAUCUAUUGCUACGUGGCGCGAGCAAUUGGCUUGGAUGCCCAUCCCUGCGGGUUUCCAUUCCACGUUCAUGUCAUUAUCAUCCCACCGCCCGGCGUGGACAUGAAUGGAGAGGCUGUCUCCGGGGCAAAUUCAGGCCCUCCAAUCUACUUGGACCCAUUCCGAGGCGCACGGGAAACCCCCGUGUCUGAUCUACGAGACCAGCUUGCUUUUCUGGGUGCUUCUGAUACGGAGCAGGCGGCGUUCCUCGGCCCAUCAUCAACGUCAGAGAUCGUCCAGCGGUGUGGCAGAAACAUUUGGACUUCAAUCAGUACAGCAACCACCCCCCCUGGCGGGCACACCACAUCGGUAGAUGUGGUGAGUGCCAAGUAUGCCUCCUUAUGGUCUUUGAUGCUGCUUGCGCGGGAUUCGCGACCCAUGGACUUGCGUCACCACCUUCCGUUGCUCAUGGAGCUUUUCGCAACUGAUUUCCCGUCCGACAUCUUUUUGGUGGAACAAUACAUUGUCCCCUUAUUCCAGGGCCUCUUUGAAUACGAACACAUUUUGGAAAGUCUUCACGUCAUGCGGGCAGUGGACGAGAUUCCCAAGCAGGUGCGGCGACGGACUGGUGAGAAUCAGAACAUCCGAUAUCAUGUGGGUCAGGUUUUCCGACACCGCCGAUAUCAGUACUGCGCUAUUAUCACCGGCUGGGAUCGGGAAUGCGGUGCCGGUGAGCAGUGGAUGCGGCGAAUGGGCAUUGAUCGCUUACAGGCUGGUCGCCAUCAAAGUUUCUAUCACGUUCUCGUGGAGGAUCGAAGCGUCCGAUAUGUGGCGGAGGAAAACAUUGACCUGAUACUUCCGGAGUUUAGCGACUUACCCUCGAGUCUGACGAGCGUCGCUGGAAAGCAUUUUAAGCGGUGGGAUCAGUCGAGUCGGGCGUUUGUGAGUAAUACGAGGGACGAAUACCCCGAUGAUUUGUUUGUUUUUUUUUUUUUUUUUUUUUGAAUUGAUCCAGUGUGUCCAUUACGCAUCGUGAUAAUAUGAAUGGUACUACUACUACUUUGUUUUAUC